AUGACCUCCGUCGCACCGAUGUCGAGUUUGGUGUCAGCUUCAGGAAUUGAUGCAGCGUAUAGCUUAGUUAUUACGGUGGUAAAUAUUCCUUUCAUCGAAUGCUUGCUAACACCAUUAUCCAUGGUUGCUUUAGUCUUUGGUCAGGAAUUGAUUCCAUUACAAGACCUUAGUGAAGGUUGGAGUGCUAGUUACGGUUUGUGGAUUCGAGAGGCCGUACUCGUUGGUAUCGUAUCUCACGCACUUUUAAUACAAGCUACGUAUCUAAUCAGCGAUUUUCAUGUUACUUUAACUCAACGACUUAAGCUUUACGUGAUCAUGCCAACAAUUUGUGUUACAGUGACGAUCGGAAUGCUCACAAAUCGUGCUCAAGUGUCACGAUGUCUUCGUUUCGUUUGUGCUCAAACAUCGACAGUAUUUAUAUUUCCGCUUUAUGAAAUACUCUUCAGCUUUGCAGAAGGAACAAUCUACCGACUUCCCGUUAUUUUUUUAUUACCUGUAAUUAAAGUGGCUCUUAAGAAUCUCGUGCUUUAUUUUGCUAAGUCUCUUGAGGAUAUGGCUCCCGUCGAAGUUAUUUUCACAGCAGACUUUUUCAAUGCAAUCUACGUGGCUACUAGCAUUAAAAGCUCGACGUCACUAUCAUCCAUUUUGGCUAUUACGAUUACAGAUCUUUCCCAGACUUUAAUUAUGCUAUAUGGAUUACAGCGUCGCACAGCCACUAUCCGAGCUAGACUGGGACAAGUUAGUGCCGGUACUGGAAGCAUUCUGUCCAUGAUAUCCGCCAUCUGUCGUGACCCGCAUCUAUUGCGAACUCAAGUGUUUACUAAUGUACAACGACGAUCUUGUAUUCCACUUCGGAUUUCGUCUGCUGACAAGUCUCUGCUCGACUGCUUGGAUCAAAUUUGCAGCUCAGAAGAGCAAGCUGGUCGUAGAAGAUCAAGCACGUUUCCGGAUAAGAACUUUCCGUUGAGCUGCUUCCGUGCACGAUCGCUUCCUAACGACCUUUAUCCAACCACUUUUAAAACUGAAUCUAGUUUAAAGCACUCGACAAUUUUAGUGGAAUCGCUUCAGAUACUUUUUACUACGGAAUGUCUCGUCACUACCGCCUACUUGGAAGCUUUUAUGCCACUGUUCUAUAGUGGCUACAUGGCAUUCAUGGUGCAUAUACCGAAUGCUCGUUAUCAUUUGGAAUUGGCAAAGGUCACACAAGAAAACAUCAUUUCAACGGUUAUUCCUCUCGUUGUAGACGCAAUGGUCUUUAGUUCAAUGCAAAAUGAUGCUUUGGAUGGUGAUCACACUGUGUUUUCGAGUUUCACACUUUGGAGUUGA